AUGCCUAAACGCCGGAAGGCCUUAUCGAUGAGGAUUGGUGUGGUUACAGUGGAAGACGGAGCUGGUCGGGCGCAAAAUUGCGAACAACGAAAUGAUCAAGAAGACAAUCGGGAACAAACAGAGAGGAGAGUUUUUCUGCCAAACGGAGAUCUGUAUGAAGAGAGCCCACUUCCACAUCCCUUUCAAGAGGAAGCUGGUGAUAAAAGUCCGGAGAAAAUAGGGGUGCAGGAGACCACGUCUCCUCUAUCAGGCCAGAGUAGUUUAGUUGAAUAUAUGAAUUGUUAUAAUGAUAUUUUUUGUUUGUUUCUCUUUUUAAGAACAAAUCACAAAUCACCCUUAUGCCUUAAAACCAGUCAUACACCUAAUCUCUAUACCAAAUCACACAAUGGUACGGAUCGCCAGAAAGACAAAAUCCGGCAGAAGCUAGAGCCUUCCAACUUUUUCGAAAGUAAAUAGAAAUUUCGCUCAACUAUAAUUUCGUUGGGGAAAUUUUAGUGAAAGGGAAAACCAUGGAGUGUGAGGAUUCCAACCGACAAACUUGUCUUACUGUUCUAUCUUAAGUUUCAGUUGAAAUCAUUUCAAAAACAUUUGAAACCUCAAAUUUUUAGAACAAUUUCAAACCGAGCUGUAAACUAAUGCAUCUUGUCAUAUUUUUUUUCUGUAGCUUUAGAUUCUAAACUUGACGGGUUUGUGAGGAAGCAGUGUACAGAAUCGUUUAAAGUGAGAGCACACAGUCCCCCCAAUUUUGUAACCAGCAAGACCACUAUCACGAUGUACAAAGACACCGAUGAGAAGGUCACCACGGUUUGA